AGAAACAAAGCAAGCCCGCAAACCCGCUGCACAGGUAACAAUGACAAGCAACACACAAAAACCCGAUGAGAGCAGGAGCAAACGUAAAAAAGAGGCCGAGAGUGAAGUAUCAGAGAAUCUACAGUUGCCCUCCCUUGAAACAUCAGAUCUGGAAUUUCCUGAGAGCUCGCAGUCCCUUUACAAAGCUGAACCUCUGGAAAAGGUUUUAAAUGAGAUGAACAAAGAAAUUAAGAACUUGCUAUCAAAAUAUGCCCACAUUUUAAGUGAGCGAGCAGCGGUGGAUGCCUCGUAUGUCCAGGAGCUUGAUGAAAUCUUGAGAGAAGCGAAAAGCAUAGAAAACCACUUGCUACAGAAAAGGGAGAGUUUGAAGCAGAGAUUCACAGUGAUCUCAAAUACUCUGCAAAGCUAAAUGGAGUUUGUUAGAUGGAAAUCUGUUGUACAUAUAAAGCUGUACAGCAAAACUGUUGUACAUAUA